GCUCCAUAGGCAAUAAUUAUAUUUAUUGACAUUUUGAUAAUAACCCCAUUUAGAUUAUUGAUCUGUUACCUGAUAGUACCCAUAAUACCAAUACUGUUUGGAGAUUUAUACAAACUUCCCAAUAUGAUUGAUUAUUCUUGUAAUACAAAAAACGAAGAUACGGAAGACGAUACAUACUGUAUUUUCAUAACUGAUAUAAUAUUUAAUAUAUAAAACAGAUUUUUUUUUCGGAAUAUUUUAUGGUAAGAAAAUCAGAAGCAAUUUGAAAACUAUCACCUAGACCAUGAUGUCCAAAAUUCUUUUCGUAUUAAUUAUAGCACACGUAGGAUUAAUACAUGCGAUAUCUAUGUGCUGCAAUGGUCCGAAUCAGUUGGCACCAGGACAUAAUUGCUCCGAUGGGGCAAAAAUGAUGGCACUGAAUUGCGAAGACAGUUACAUUUUACGCGUCAGUGAUGAAACUAUCAAAUUUAGCCAUGAUUCUGAGGGGAAUUUGAUUUUAGAUGACAAAGAUGUUGUUCCUGUUGGAGAAUACUGCCGUACUACGUUAAUGUCAAAGAAACUCGAAGUGUAUAUAGUUUGUGCAACAGAUGUCGACGAUGAUGUGGAUAUAAAAGCAAGAACCAUUACUACUGUAUUCGAGCUCAUUUCUAUAUUUUUCAUUCUGCUAACGGUCGUAAUAUAUUUAUUAGUUCCUUAUUCACUGCAUAUACAGGACGCUUGUAUACUACAUUCCAUAACGGCAUUGGCUAUAGCAUAUCUCACAUUGUGUAUAAUAAACCUCUCCGAACAUCUAGAAGAUGCACCCUGUCACUUUUUGGCAUAUUUGUUAUAUUUUUCUUUCUUAUAUUCUUUCUUUUGGCUCAACGUACUGUGCUUUCAUAUAUGGAACGAAGUUGUAAAACCAAAAUGGUUGGCAAAUGUUAAGAGAUGGAAAUUAUUGUACCACAUUUAUGGAAUUGGUGCUCCAGUUUUAGCCGUGUGCUGGUUAUUAAUAAUGCACUACGGACAUCCCGCAGGACUGUCCACUAUACAUCCAGGAAUCGGAAUAUCAAGAUGUUGGUUUAAAACUGUAAGAGAGAGUAACAUCUAUUUCAAUGGACCAGUUGCGGUUUUGCUUAUAAUCAAUAUAGAAUUCUUUAUUUGGACGGCAGUGCAACUAUGGAAAAGCUCUAAAAACUGUCCAAAAGCAGUUGUAAAUAAAUUCAGACUAAAAUUGUACGUGAAAUUAUUCUUUGUAAUGGGAAUUACUUGGAUCUUUGAAAUUAUAUCAACCAUUUUCGAAAAUGAUGCACCUAAAUGGCUAUGGAUUAUUACUGAUGUUCUCAACGCAGCGCAAGGAGUAGUGAUAUUCCUAAUCUUGGUAGUCUUCAGAAAAACUAUCAAAAGGGCCUUCGCUAACAGAAAAAUCGGCACAUUGAGAUUCCCGGCUCAAUGGAAGAAUGAAAAAGACAGCGAAUGUGAAGAACUGGACGAAGAUAUUAGUCUCAGUAACUGCGUUACAAAUAAACCAGGAACUAUUUACUAAAACAAGACGUGAAGGCUUCCAGGGUUAUAUUAAAAAAAAUAUGUCGGUAAAUUAAGGAACGGUGUUCAGUGGAACUUUGCCAAAAAUAUAUAAAUGGCAGCAAUGGAUUUGUUAUAUGAAGUAAAAACGAACGAGACUAACAAUGCAUGUAUAUAUUUUAAAGGAUAAAAUAAUGUUUCGAAAGAAUCUUAACAGUUUACACAUGUUUUUCCUAUGGAAAUAAGUAGUACGAUUUUUUUAUAAUGAGUAAGAUGUAAAUACAAUUAUUAUUAAUAUAGAAUCUAUUUCCUUUA